ACUUCACUGGACUAUUCCCUCCGCUCCAGUAGGUGGCAGCAUUGGUGCUUAAUGCUCGCUCUUCGGUUGUUUUCAAGAUGUCUGCGCCCUGAACCGUGGUUACGACGUGAAGGUGCUUCUGGUGAAUUAAUGCUGAGCCACUUAGAAAGCAGCGAGAAGAUACAGAGAUAGUCAAACGGACAGACUGACAUGUCGAAGAUCUCCAGGGCAGCCAAGGCGGUGAAGAAGGUGGACAUGGGGGGGGUGAUCCGCUGCAUCGUGAGGGCAGGACAGGCAGCUCCCGGACCCCCGCUAGGUCCUAUCCUGGGACAGAAGGGGAUCCCCAUCGGGCAGUUUUGUAAGGACUUCAAUGAGAAAACCAAGGAGAUUAAGGAGGGCAUUCCUCUCCCCAUCAAGAUCAAUGUCAAGCCUGACAGGACGUAUGACAUUAAGAUUGGCCAGCCCACAGUCUCCUACUUCCUGAAGCAGGCGGCGGGCAUCGAGAAGGGGGCAGGGAAGACCGGCCAUGAGACUGCAGGGAUGGUGUCCUUGCGAGCCGUGUAUGAGAUCGCCCAAGUGAAAUCUCAGGACGAGUGUUUCACCAUGCAGAAUGCCUCCUUAGAGACGGUUGUCAAGAGCAUCAUUGGCUCGGCCCGUUCGCUAGGCAUCAAGGUUGUUAAGGAUUUAGAAGCAGACGAGUACAAGGUCUUCCUAGAGCAAAGGGAGGAGCACUUGAAAGCAGAGGCAGCUGCUGCUGCUGCGGCGGCUGUUUCCUCCAAGAAGAAAUAAGACCUCUCCCUGUGCUGCCCGUCUACCCUGUCCACCCAUCUGUAUUUAUAUGCCGGCCCAACACACAUGCUAAUGUCAUUGGAAUUGUACUUUGUGUAAUUUGCAUCAAAAUAAAUGUUCGAUUGUUCAUUUAACACUUUUAA